AUGGUGGAGCGCGUUGCCAACCUCUUCCGCAUCUAUCCUACGGAGAGGCCGGGAUCUUCGUCAUCGGAGGCCGAAGAUGAUGACGAAGACGAUGAGGAAGAGGGCGUGACUGGCUUCCUGCAGACAGCAUCUGGCAUGACCCCCUCGGAGGCCAGGCUCAACAAGCAGAAGGAGGAGCUUGCCAAGGCGUACAUGGGCAUCGUGAUUCGAGCCUUCAGCGGCCGGCAAACCCAGGCGCAGAUGAGCCGAUGGUUCGGCACGCGGGCCUUCUCCGACCAACUGUCACGGAAAGAGAUCUUGCGUGUCUUGAAUUCGGUCGACCACAUGAUCAGUAACGUUGUGUAUGUCUAUCCUGGGCCAAAGUGUAAGCCGAACACGUACGCGUACGUCUACCCCCAGGCUUACACGUGCAAAGAAGGAAAGCAAUCAUCACGACCAUGCACGACCAUGAGACACAGCAAGAAGUAUGUGUUCUACCUAUGCCCCCUCUACUUCCAGAGACCCGCUGAAAUGGUCGAGACGUUGGUCCAUGAGGGCUCGCACCAUGCCACCGCCUUCACCGAUGACGUGGAUUUCGAGGGGCGCACGGCCUAUGGCCGAUCGACAUGCCAGAAGCUCGCUCGCGCCGAUCCCGCUCUGGCGCUGAAAAACGCGGACAACUUCUGCUACUACAUCCAGGACACAGCCACGCAGACUUCAGACAGCCGCACGGAAGCCGGACCCGGUAGCUCCGGCUGCCCAAACUUUGCCAGCGUUUCCCAUCCUGACAGGGAUGGCGACUGCAAAUGCCCUCAUGCAAAACAAUGCUUCUACGAGGGGACCCUGGGAUGCCCCUUUUCAAUCACAGCCACAAAAAACACCUACAGCCCUGCAUACUUCUCUUCGCAGUGCAAGGGCUGCACCUGUGAAACAAAGAUCGACACAACAACCACGACCACAACCAUAGCACUCGCCAUUGGAGCGGCGAAGUCGAGAUGUCCUGCUUUUGCUGCCCUCAGCACGCCCGACCGUGAGGGCGACUGCUCCUGCUAUGGUCAAAUGGUUUGCACAUUUCGCGGCGAUGUCGGCUGCCCAUAUGCACGGACACGGCAGACUGGAAGGUAUAGCGACUUGUAUUUCCACUCCUCUUGCUCGGAGUGCCUUUGCACGCGGAGACCUACAAGACCGAGCUGGAAGGAGGCAACUAUCCGGUGCCCUUCAUCAGCGCUGACAAAGGCCCCAGACAGUGAGGGAGACUGCCACUGUCCAAGAGAUCACCUUUGCAGCUACGAGAACGAGACGGGUUGUCCGGUAGCAGCUGGACCGUCGCUUCACAGCCACCGUUACUUUGACGUCAACUGCACCGGCUGUGAGUGCAUUCCAGACUCUUAA